AUGCGUCCCUAUCAGGGUCUCCUUCCUUGGUCUAUUUUGCUGGCUUCGAUAGGAGGAGCAGAAGCAAAACUGGACUUGAACUCGAGCAGCAACAUUGUUGUUUACUGGGGCCAAAAUUCAUUCAAUGGAAAGGAAGACCAGGCACAGCAGCCCUUGGCACACUAUUGCGAUGACAAGGACAUUGAUGUGAUACCAAUGGCCUUCAAUAUGAUGGUCAAUGGCCCAGGAGGCGCUCCAGAGAUUGAUUUUGCUGUUACCAGCAAGGACUGCGAUGUCUUCGGGGGCACCCAAUUAAAAGAUUGUCCUGCAAUUGGCAAGGACAUCAAGACGUGCCAAAAGAAGGGCAAGACGAUUCUUCUUUCCAUCGGUGGAGCCACUUACAGCGAGGGCGGCUUCAAAUCCGAAGAAGAGGCCAAGAAGGGGGCACAACUAAUGUGGGAGACCUUUGGCCCCAAGCAAGAGGGUUCCAGCGCCCUCCGUCCCUUCGGCGACGCUGUCUUGGAUGGGUUCGAUUUCGACUUUGAGGCAAAUGUCCAAAACAUGGCCGUCUUUGCCAACGAGAUGAGAUCACUGAUGAAGGCAGAUAAGAGCAACCAGAAGUUUUAUUUGACCGCAGCACCGCAAUGUCCCUACCCUGAUCAAGCAGAUAAAGCUAUCCUCAACGGCCCUGUAUAUAUCGAUGCUAUCUGGGUACAGUUCUACAACAACUUUUGCGGCGUCAACAAUUUCAACACCGACAGCUCAAGCAGCAAAUACAAUUUCGAAGAGUGGGACAACUGGGCUAAGACGGUGUCCAAUAACAAAGAUGUGAAGGUCAUCAUCGGCGUGCCAGCAUUUACGACAGCAGCUAGCACGGGGUAUGUCCCAGCAUCCCAGUUGGCCAAGGUGAUUGAAUACACAAAGAAGUUUGAGAGUUUUGGGGGUGUGAUGAUGUGGGAUGCCACGCAGGCAUACGCCAACGAUGGGUUUAUCAAAGACGUGCGGAAAAGCCUGGGCCCUGCGAAUGAUUCCGGUUCGUCGUCGCCCGAUCCGGUGUCAACCUCGACAUCUACUUCUACGUCCACUGACCCAACGAAGACAACGAGUUCGCCAUCUUCCAAUGCACCAGACUCCUCACCCUCAUCUUCCUCCUCCUCAUCUGCUUCUGUUUCGCACAAGGCGGAUGAAGAAACUACCGAAGAACACAAUACUGCGACUGCAACACCAAAGCCGACGGCCUCCACAACUGCGGCUCCUACCUCGACUGGUAGCGCCCAAGAUGAAGACGACUCGAGUGAAGACAUCAAACACGAUAAUCCAGACGAUAAAUCGAACGAUGAUUUGGAUGAUAAUGCUCUCGGCACAAUCAUUGGCAACGACAUUCUUGAGUUGCUUGGUGGUAUCCGUAAGGCAAACGAGGCUGCUGGCGGCAUCGUUCAUGCUCUGGCCAAUCUCUGA